AUGGUACCGUCCGUCUCUGGUGGUCUGGGCGAUGGUGGCCCCACUUUACCAGAGGAAGGAAAGAGGGCAACAAGAGCCUUGCCUGCAUCAUGGUAUACAUCAGACGACAUGUUCCAGCUUGAAAGGCGAGCCGUUUUCUCAAGAAAAUGGCUGCUCGUCACCCACAAGACACGUCUCUCUAAAGCCGGCGAUUUUCUCAAAUACGAGACUGGUGGCUUCGAAUUCGUGAUAACCAAAGACCGCGACGGCCGGAUACACGGCUUCCACAAUGUUUGCAGACAUCGUGCAUUUCCUGUUGUGACCGAGGAAAGGGGGACGGCCAAGAUCUUCUCUUGUAAAUAUCACGGAUGGUCAUAUGGUCUUAAUGGCAAGCUUGCUAAAGCUCCUGGAUACCAAGAUCUACCCACGUUUGAUAAGAGCAGGAACAGUCUGUUUCCUGUUCACGUGCACAUCGAUCAUAACGGAUUUGUGUGGGCGAAUUUAGACGGCAAAGCCAAACCAGAGAUCCCCUGGGAUGAAGACUUUGGCCAAGUUGACCUCCAAGAGCGCUUUGAGGGCAUCAACUUUGACGACUACGAAUUUGAUCAUACAUGGGAGAUGGAAGGCGACCACAACUGGAAGGUUCUCGCCGACAGCUUUAACGAACGCUAUCCUACGAUUGCCGUGGAUUCGGAUACCGGGAACAUCGCAGACCUAGUAUCAUUUUCCGUCAAAACCGACAAAAUGUCAAUUCAGCACAGCACCACGACAACGCCUCAAGGAGCCGCGAACGACCAGAGGGUUGCAAGCACAUUUUAUUUUCCUAAUGCCUCUAUGAAUGUCUCGCCACACUUUUUCUUCCUCCAACGCUUCGUGCCAAUUGGUGCCUCCAAGACUGCCCUAAAAUACGAAGUCUAUCGCAACAAGAAUUCCUCGGAAGAGGACUUUCAGGAAGUGAAUCAGCUCUACAAGACCAUCUUGUCCGAUGACAAAUACCUGUGCGAUCUGACCCAAAAGAACCUCAACCAGCAUGUAUUCACCAAUGGUGAGAUGCACCCUGACCUAGAAAAGGGCCCCCUAUAUUUCCAGGCCAUCCUCCGAGACGAAGUCAUGAAGCACUAUAAACGAGAACAGACGCUACGGAGGGAGAUCUGGCCGGCUGCACCACCGCCAGUUCAGGAUGCAUCGACUAGCGAGGAGGAUGUUGAAUUUUGUUCAGGCCUGGCGUGCAGCCCGGCACAGCAACAGCAGAUUGUUUGGUAG